ACUGAUGGACGGCACUGACUGGCAUCACUGCUGGGCACUGACUGGCGGCACUGACUGGCACAACCCCUGGGCACUGGUGGGUGGAACUGAGUGGCACAGGUGGGUGCACUGCUGGGCACAGGUGGGUGCACUGCUGGGCACAGGUGGGUGCACUGCUGGGCACAGGUGGGCGGAACUUGCGGGUGGCACUGCUGGGCACCGAUCAUCAGGGCACUGAUCAUCGGUGCCGAUCCCCGCUCUGACAACUGCCGGUUCUCGGCAGUACUUUCCUCACGAUCUGACAGCAUGAGGAAAGUGCAGCCGAGAACCGGCACUUGCAU